UCAAGGGUGGUAGAAAAUCCAGGAAAACAGAAAAAUGGGAAUAAAGUCAAAAAAAUCGUAUGACCGGCGAAUUUCUUCGCGGGUUAAGGUUGAGUAUUUUGAAGAUGGAUAUCAUGUCCUUAGAUUGCGAUGACUGUCAAUCUGCAGAAGUUCUUUAAAAAAAGUAUCCAUUCCUUGUGGCGUGUUUGUGAUGGCCUUAUCCACAAUAGGAUCUUUUGCACAGCUUAAUGCCACUUAUUAUUCAAUAGAAGUUAACCUUGAAACCAUCCAAUGUAGAAUGUGUCCACCUGGCACUUUCUGGAUUCGACAUUGUAGUCAAGACGGUGGCCAGGCAGUAUGUAAGGACUGUGCUGAUGGACGCUUUACAGAGGACAACAAUCGAGCAAUUUAUUGUAAAAGGUGUUCUGAAUGUACAGGAACUGAUCAACCAUCGGGUGAAGUUGUUGUGGAGGCGUGUACGCGGUUUCACGACACAAUAUGUGGGUGUAAACCAGGGUACUGGAGAGAAGAAGGAAAGGUCGGAAAUUGCCAAAAAGUUUCGCCGUGUGAGCCCAGAUAUGGCGUGAUGAAAAUGGGGGACAGUCACAAUGAUACAACAUGCAAGAGAUGUGUAAACGGGAAGACCUUCUCCAACAUCAGUUCUGAGGUGACGCCAUGCCAGAAUUGUUCAAUUUGUGCUGAGGGAUGGGUGCAGAAAAGUCCAUGUAACGAAACUGUGGACACUGCGUGCAUUCCAAAAGGGGGCAGUAACAACAAUACAACAGUUUAUGGGAAUACCUUCACCGACAUCAGUACCGAUCAAAAUCAAAAUCAAAAAUCAAAAGUUGUAAAGAAUUACAGAUAUGGUGUCAUUGCGGGUAUUGCAUGUGGCGUAAUAGUAGUUGUGAUACUUUCGGGAAUCAGUAUUGUAUGCUACCUUCGGAAAGAAAAUCGUCAAUGGCCACCUUGCAGCAUGAGAAAAAGAGCACAUCAUGAUGCUGGCCGACAUGAUACGGAACAAGGCAGCCCACUAAAGGGAGGCAGUUCUAUUGAGUUGAAAACACAUACGCACCAAGACAACGUUGAUACACUUCUUUGACUUACGUUAGAGUAUCGCGGACAUUUUGGCGCAAGAACAAUGUCAUUUUGGAGCACGAACAAUGUCAUUUUGUUGCUAAAACAAAAUGAUUUUGGGGCACGUACCAUGUCAUUUUGGUGCUCAAACAAUGUCAUUUUGGUGCUCAAACAAUGCCAUUUUGAGGCACGCACAUAGCCGUUUUAGUGCAACUAAAUCUUUUGUUCAUACAUUUCCAGUCACCGUUUUGAAACAUCUAUUAUGUUCCAAUGGCCCUCAUCAGAGCUGAAAUCAGCAAUUGUAAAAACGGGUGUAAUUUUAGUAUUUCCAUAUCCCUGGCCUCAUUACCAUGAACACUUGAGUCAAAUCUCAACCUUAACUCAUUUGACAUCAUAGCACCAAAAGUAAUUAAAAUUUGUAUAUGGUUCUAAAAUUUAUACAAUGAUUGCAAAUGUACGAUGGUCAAUUUUCAAAAGAUUUUUUUCUGCAAAAGAUGUAAUUGUGUGCAAAAUGUGUUAUGAACUGAUUUAUAUUAUAUGUUUGCAACUUUACGCUUCGUUUUGUAUGAAAAACAUCAUUGUUUACUUGUUUGAAUGAUUGUCAAUUUUUGCAAUUACUAUAGAAACCUGGCCCCAAAAAACCAAAGUCAAAUCUUAAUCUUAACACAUUUUACCACAUAAAAUUAUAGUUUUAUUCAACAUCUUGUUAUGUUUUGACUCUUUUUAAAAGGUAUUUUCUCACAGAAUGUGUUGAUAAAAAAGUUAUCAAUAUUUAAAAGAAAUUAAGUUCUAAAUCAGAUAAUGUUCUUGGGUAUUUAAAAAAAAAAAUCCCAAGAUAUGUGCAUGUUUGAGGGUAGGCCAGCAUCCAUUAGGGUGCAAAGACGUGUUAGUACAAUUGAGAAAUUAACAUCGAGAGUAUUUCUAUGUUUCAAUCUAGUUUAAUAACGAUUAUGUUAUUUUUGCUUGUAUUACAUUUUUGAAUUACACCAUAAUAAAGCUACGAUUGUGAUUUCAAAUUGAAAGGGAGAUAAUAAAUAAAGAAAAUACUAUGAUUAUAUAACAGUUUUAUAAAUGUGUUUCUUAAAUUACAUAAUAUCUAUGUAAAUAAAGCUGUCGAUGAAAACUUAAAAAAGUAUUCAAACUUAGUAUUUUGUGACUUUUAGAUGUAUCUUUUCCAGUAACAAUUGUAUUGAUUUAUGAUGGAUAUGGAUUACCUUAAACAAAAAUCGACAGGACAUUUAAAUAUUGUAUGUUUAUAGCUUGGCAGUGUUUGGAAGAAUACUCUUUGUAUUAUUCUAUCCCGAAGUUUCGUGUCUAUUGUUAGUUUAAGUAGUUAGUCGUACACCUGUUACCAAUGUUCAUUGUAUAUAGUUAAGUUUCUUCAUUUCCCCUAAUUCCCGAAGGCAAUUGUCGACAAGUAAAUUUAUUUUUGAAUUGCCAUUGAUUUUAUCUACAGAAUAAGUAGGAAUGAUAUGCUAUAUCGCCAUUUUUAUGCACACCUUCAUAGAACGGGAUGUAUUUUAGUUUCACCUGCUUCGUACUGGCGGGAGGGGGGGGGGGGGCGUCGUCCAGUAUGAAUUCCGAUCAAUAACUUGAAGCCGUUCUACCAUCAUCACCACAUUUUGGUGAGAAUGUGUAUAGGCACAUCAUCGCGGACAAGUUCGAUAAACAGCAAUAUCACUUAAGUCACUCGAGAGUUAUUGCCCUUUAGUUAUAGAAAUUAUCUUAACUCUGCUCUGUCUAAUUAAUCACUAAAGAACCUUUGUCCAAUCAUCACCAAUUACGAUUAGAAUGUGUAUGGGCAUUAUAUCUCGGACUAGUUUCAUAACCAGCCAUAUUUUGAGUCGAUCGAACGUUAUCGCCAUUUAAUUAAACAAAAUAUCUAAAAUCGGUCUUGUCCCAUCAAUCAGUUUAUUAGCCUUUGUCCAAUCAUUAUCGAAUUUGUUCAGAAUUUGUAUUGGCAUAAUAUCUCGGUCUGGGUCGAUAAACAGCCAUGUAGCCUCCGUCACUCCAGAGUUAUAUCCCUUAAAGUGGCAAAAACUAUAUGUGCAGUGUGCGCUUUCAAAAUGUGGCUAUCAAAAGCCACUUAUUUCAAACUGGGUGUCCUUAAAAAAUGACGGGCGUAUUUUUUUGAUAGUUGGCGCUGUAGUUUAAAAUCGUGAUCAGUGCGUGGUAUUUUAGAAAAUCAGGUGUACCAACAUUGGUAAAUUCUUUAAGUCAAAAAAUGAUAUUUUUUUCUGUAAUCUUACAAAUGUUCGCUAUAGUUUACACCCUUGUCAUACCACUAAACGAAUAAAACUAAACAAGUUGGUAAGUUUAUUUUGCUGUUGAUUCAUAUUUAUUUUCAUUUAUUCAUCCGCAUUCUUUUUAGCUCGACUAUUCGAAGAAUAAGGAGAGCUAUCCUAGUCACCCGAGCGUCGGCGUCGGCGUUACCACUUAUGUUAAAGUUUGUGUACCACCUCAAAUAUUUUCAAAGUCCAUUGACAUCUGGCUUUGAAACUUUGCACACUUGUUCACCAUCAUGCCCCCAACCUGUACACAAGAGGAGGUCAUUGUAUCAAGCAUUUGGACAGAAUUGUGCCCGUUUUUCGACUUAGAAUUUACGUUAAAGUUUGCGUACCACUUCAAAUAUUUUCCAAUUCAAUUUAUGUAAAUAUCUCAGCACAUCAUGUAUUGUAUCUAAUCUAACAGUAAUCCAUGCAUGUUUCGCCAAAACUUUUCAAUCCAUACACUGAAAAGCGUCGGAAUAGUCGAGCGCGCUGUCUCUGUGACAGCUCUUGUUAUAUGUGAAUGAUGCCGAUGACUGUAUAACAUAUUAAAGACAAAUAUAAUUUAGUUCAAUUUGUUUCAAAUUUUUUUUAUCCAAAUUACUUUUAAAUACUUAGUCUUCCUCGGCAUGUUUCAUCACUUUCAUGCACAAUUUGUUUAACAGUAUUCUUUUACCCAGCUUGCUUUAAUUGCUUUUUUUAAAUGAGUUGAGCAUUUUAAGCCAUUAUUUUCAUGUUGUUGAAUCAUCUGAAUUCUUGAUAUUUUAUCGGCUUUGCCGUCCCAUAAACAUGUGCAUAUGUUGUUUUGUUUUGUCUCUUCAUCAUAACAUUGUUGUGAAAUCUGUUUGAGGGAAAAUUAAUUGUUAUACUUAAACUGUAAGGUGGUUAGUCAAAUCAGACAAGAAUCAGGCAUGGAUCUCAUCCUUUAAACAUAGCAUGAUAGGUAUAUACAUUGUACACGUUUGAAUGGCAUGUAAAAUAGCACGAACGAGAAUAAUGCGAGUUUAAGCGAGCCUACAAGUAAAAGUUUAAAGAGAAAAUUUAAAAACAAGUUUUAAAUACAACUGCAACUUUUACAUUUAUGUUUAGUGCAUGUCAUUUUUUGCAACCUAAAGAAGUUUUCUCGCACAGUGCGAAAAUAAAUGAAAUGUCUGAAGAAAAAUCCCACCUGAAAAAAUAUAAGAAUUUAUAUUAGUGAUGUCAUAAGAUCAAGUUUGUAUUUGAUAUUUUUCACUUUCCCUCUAAUGUUCGUAUGGAGGUUCAUGCAGUUUGUCUUUAUUUUUUAAGCUUUGAAGAUGGUUAAAUAAGUAAACAGUUCCGUUUGAUUGAUCUGCUUGUUAUAUUGAAUGCAUGCAUUUUCAUGUGCUUAUUUUCUUUCAUUACCUUAUGAUGCUUAUGGGUGUAAGAGUCAAUUGUGUUCAUAUAUUUUAUUGCGUAUUAAUGUUAUACUGGGUUUGGUUGAACGUUGUGCUAGUAAGUGAUCUCUUCGUUAUGGCAGCAUGAUUUUUUCCCUGUUUACGAGAAAUAAAUUUUGAAAUGUAGCCUAUUGCAAUAUUUAUUUUACAAUUAUAUAUGAGUUUAUUUACCACAAUUGAAUAUAUGCUUGAACUACCUUUAAAGACAGCGAAACUAAUUUAGAAAAAAUAUUAAAAGCAUAAA